CGCACUGUUGUGUGCCACGGCUGCUGCUGUUGUUUAAAACACAGUAGAACGUUCAGCAGUUUCCAGUUCGGCUACUUGCCAGAAAGUCUUGACUUCUGUUACCAACAACUCACCAUUCAUUCAUUCCACAUCUAGCGAGCGCACUAGCGAGCGAACCCGAAGUUUUGUGGUAGCCUGUCCGUGUUAUAUUCAUUGUUGUUGUUGUUAUUGGACUUUAUUUUUUUUUUAUUAAAUUAUAUUUUGGUCGAUCUUACGUUUCACCAGUGUGAGCAGUAGUUAAUUGUGCACAGAAGCGUUCGGAAGUUCAGUUUAUUCGCCUGUUUUCGAACAUUUAAAAUAUUAAUGAUAAAUAAUUCAUCGAUCGCGCGAAUAUUUGUUGGAAAAUUAUUUAAAUAAAUUGAUUUUUUUCUGACGUCGAAAAGUGUUCAUCGGAUUUUAUUUUUCAACUUUGCCUAACUGCGCAAUAUUAAUUUCCACGUUUUCCUGAGAAAAACUAAUCCACAAAUUUUUGAUACUACGGUACAAUUGUCAAACGUCGUCGCGUCAGUUGAUCACAACAAAAAGAAAGACAAAAAAACCAUUGAAACAUCGUUUUAUUCGUUUGCAAACGGCGCACAGUCCCAACGCGAACGAAACAAAUAAAAAUCAUUACAAUACGGCUUAAUUCAGCACUUCAUUGAUUUUGUUUCGUCAACAUACAAGAGAUUACAGCAGUAUAUUUGCGGCAGUAAAGUGAACACACAAAUUCGGAAAGGAGAAACCAAAAAAAAGGCAACAAAACACUUACACACAGGAAGAGUCAUCGUUGAGUCAGAAGAAGAAGAAGAAGAAGAAAAAGUAGUUCCAAAAUGUUUACCGUAUUGAAAAUUGAGAGCGAUGACUUUCGUCGUAAAAUGCGCCCAAAAUGCGAAUACGUCUGCAAAUAUUGCCAGCGAAGAUUCACGAAAUCAUACAAUCUGAUGAUCCAUGAGCGCACUCACAAAAGCCCAGAGAUUGCCUUCUCGUGCGAGGUGUGCGGCAAACAUUUCAAACGUCCGGACAAUUUCCGUCAGCACAGAUGUAGUCAGUGUGUUUGGCGAUAAACUCAUUUAAUAGAUUACACACACAAAACAAAACAAAAAAAAAAAAUCAAUAAACAUGCAAGCGCAAAAGCAAUACACUGAUGGUGAGGGGACAAAAUCAAAGGCAGCAGCGAAUUGUAUUUUAGAUGUCCAUAUUAUUGCAGCUGUUGUCUUCCAUCGUAUUUGAAACCUAAUAAUCAAUACACAUUUCUUUCUCUAUCUCUCUUCAAAAUAAUAAAACAAAACAAAAUAGAAAAACACAACCAAUAAUUUGUCAAUUGAAAGAUUGCUAGUUUUUUGCCACAAAAUAGCAUACACUUACUUCCAUUUACCAGACAUAGAAACAAUAAUCGAAACUAUUCUCUUUUCGUUGUUGUAACUAAGGAAAAGAAAAUAGAUCAAAAGACAAAAAAAACAGUAUACACACAACAUGCAGAAAUGAUAAGCUAAUAGUAGCACUUAAGCGCACUCGGAAUGCAAUUACUCAACUAAUUCCAUAUCAUUUUUGUUGCGAUUAAGAAAUCGUUUUUAUUCCACCAGACACGAUCCAAACGAUCUAUAUUAAGUGAUGAUCAAUCUAAACAAACACCUUUACUAAUUGCAUUAAACAAUAAACGGUAUUCAGAAGGGAGCUCACACACACAAACAACUAUUGCACCAACCAUACAAGCACUUGAUAAUUUUGGUUUUCGAACUUAUGACAGAAAUAAACAAGUCGUCUUGUUCUUUUGGCAUUUCACAAAAUUUCUAACCAAUCCAAAACAGAAAAAUUCACCUCACAUUUUGGUUAAUAAAUUACUAACAUUACUUCAACAACAACAAAAAAAACAGCAAAGAUAGAGGAAUGAGCUGGAUCUCACAUCUAAUGAAUUUCUAAUUUGAGUUUUGUGUUCGUCUCAAGUCUCUUGAAAAAGAAAAUGACAGAAAAAAAACUAUAAACACUCAUCAAAAUUCGGCGAUUCAUUACGACUCUUUUUUUUUCUCUUUUUCUUUUCUUUUUGGAUUUGUUAUUUUCUUUUUACAGAGCAUCGCACCUCUACUCAUAGAUGAGCUUAUUAAUGCGCAAAACAAAAAACGAUCUUGAGGCAACAUUUAUCCGCUACACCUCAAUUCAAAAAAAAAUAAUUUCGUCUCCUCCUUUUCGCAUCCGCAUAAAUGUAACAAAUUAUCAAAUUUAAAAGAAAGAAACACCCGUUUUGUAUCAGUAAGAAGCUUGAAUUGGCUUCAUUUCGAAUGGUUCUGCUAAUGACUAAUAUAAUCACAGCCAGUAUCGAUUUGGUUUGCCUACAUCCGCAUAUAUUCUUUUGAACACAUUAUUUUCCACCCCGAUGAAAUUCAGUGAAUGCAUGAACAAAAAUGCUAUCGAAGGAUGUUGAUCGAUCGCUUCGGAAAAAUGCUCAACAGGAUUUAUCCCAAAUAUAGACGGCAGUGUGCAAAUCACCCAAAUAUUAUUUUUUCGUUAUGAUCUUCAGCGUCGUUAUUUCCACGAUUUAAGAAUUUAAAAAAAAGAACCACAAAUGAUUUUCAAGUUCCUUAAGCCAAGGAGGACAUUGUAUGUAUUCUUUGUGACUAAAAUUACCUUGCUUUUUGAUCUGACAUAUGAAAAUACGCUACAUAAAAGUUGGAUUUAUUGAUCUAAAUUCAACUUUUAGCCCGGUAGCACACCGACCGCAAAUGACAUCGAUUUCAAUUGAUUUAAAUCAAAUUAAAUGCAAAUUGAAUGACGGUUGAGAAGCACGGUCCAGAAUCGUCCACAAAAUGAUCCCAGUUCAAUCCAGUUUCGCGUAUGUGUGUGUAUAUUUAGAUUCAUAUCAAAAUAAAUGAAAAUAGUUCUGAUAUCCGUUUUAUCACUUGUUCCCUCUCAACAACAUAUUUUUGUAGCUUAUACGUAAAUGAAAAGUUUUUCCAUCACUUUGACCAAGUAAAUGAUGUUAAACCACCAUAACAUAUGCGCUUGAGUGGUUCAAGUGCCUUUUGAUUUUGGAUUCCAUUCUCUGAACAAUAAAAUAGAACGAUAGCUGUGCUUAUGAAAGCAUUUCUUUUUUCGUCUUAAAAUUUCAUACACAUAAGUCGUACUUAGGAUAGAUUCUAGUCUACCGCAGAAACGAUUCGGAGAAAUUCAAGUAACAACGAGGAAAAAAAACAAUGCUACGAAAUAAAAAAAAGGAAAAAAAAAAAAAACGAAAUCGAAAUUUAAAUCAUAAUUUAUGUACUAAGAUUUAGAUAAUCUUAUUUGAAUAUUUAAUUACAAGCGAUCUUAGUUUAUAGUAGCAUAAAGAAAUUGUAAUUUUAAGCAUCCUCGAUUUGAUUUUAGGUAUAGGCGAAAAAAAUAUCCGCUCAAACUAUGCAUUCAAAAUGUUUUCGAAACAAAUAGUUCUUUAUUUCUUUGCUGAAUUGUUUCUUCUUUACCUUAAGACGAUAAUCACUUUGUAACAUGUCGAAUAGAUCAAUGAAUCCAAAUUUCUCUUAAUUUAACCCUUUAUAAAAACAUAUAUAUAUAUCCAAAUAAAUAUCCGAAAAAUUCAUUAAUUUAAAUAAA